AUGAGAUGUUUCCUGCCCAUUCUGCUUGACAGCUCUGCCUUUUUCCAAAAAAGGAGCCCAGAGAAGAACUGGUCCUUUUCUGCAAAUAUCAAAGCCAUGGCUCAGGAGUCAGUGAUGUUCAGUGAUGUGUCCAUAGACUUCUCUCAGGAGGAGUGGGAAUUCCUGAAUGAUGAUCAGAGAGAUUUAUACAGAGAUGUGAUGUUGGAGAAUUACAGCAACCUGGUUUCAAUGGGACAUUCUAUUUCUAAACCAGAUGUGAUCUCCUUCUUGGAGCAAGGGAAGGAGCCCUGGUUGGUUGACAGAGAACUAACAAGAGACCAGUGGCCAGUCCUGGAGUCAAGAUGUGAGACCAAGAAAUUAUUUCUGAAGAAGGAAAUUUAUGAAAUAGAGUCAGCCCAGUGGGAGAUAAUGGACAGACUUACAAGACACGACCUUCAGUGCUCCAGUUUCAGAGAUGAAUGGGACUGUAAUGGCCAGUUUGAGAAACAACAUGGCUCUCAGGAGGGACAUUUCAGUCAACUGAUAUUCACCCAUGAAGGCAUGCCUACUUUUAGUCAACAUCCAUCCUUUACAUUACAGCAAAUCAUGAAUAAUAACCUUACCCGACAUCACAGAAUUCACACUGGUGAGAAACCCUAUGAAUGUAAAGAGUGCGGGAAGGCCUUCAGCAGUGGCUCCAACUUCGCUAGACAUCAGAGAAUUCACACUGGUGAGAAGCCCUAUGAAUGUAAAGAAUGUGGGAAGGCCUUCAGUAGUGGCUCAAACUUUACUCAACAUCAGAGAAUUCAUACAGGGGAGAAACCCUAUGAAUGUAAGGAAUGUGGGAAUGCCUUUAGUCAAAGCUCGCAACUUAUUAAACAUCAGAGAAUCCACACGGGUGAGAAACCCUACGAAUGUAAGGAAUGUGAAAAGGCUUUUCGUUCUGGCUCAGACCUUACUCGACAUCAGAGAAUUCAUACUGGUGAGAAGCCCUAUGAAUGUAAGAUAUGUGGGAAAGCCUAUUCUCAGAGUUCACAACUUACUAUACAUCACAAACUUCAUACUGGGGAGAAACCCUAUGAAUGUAAAGAAUGUGGGAAGGCCUUUAGAGUACGACAACAACUGACACUCCACCAGAGAAUUCAUACUGGUGAGAAGCCCUAUGAAUGUAAGGAAUGUGGAAAGACUUUUAGUCGUGGUUAUCAUCUUAUUCUUCAUCACAGAAUUCAUACUGGUGAGAAACCUUAUGAAUGUAAGGAAUGCUGGAAGGCGUUUAGUCGUUACUCACAACUUAUUUCACACCAGAGUAUUCAUAUUGGUGUUAAACCCUAUGACUGUAAGGAAUGCGGGAAGGCCUUUAGACUACUCUCACAACUUACACAACAUCAGAGUAUUCAUGUUGGUGAGAAACCCUAUAAAUGUAAGGAAUGUGGGAAGGCCUUUAGAUUGCGCCAAAAACUUACUCUACAUCAGAGCAUUCAUACUGGUGAGAAACCUUUUGAAUGUAAGGAAUGUAGGAAAGCCUUUAGACUUAAUUCAUCUCUUAUUCAACAUCUGAGAAUUCAUUCUGGUGAGAAACCCUAUGAAUGUAAGGAAUGUAAGAAGGCCUUUAGACAACAUUCACACCUUACCCAUCACCUAAAAAUUCAUAGUAGAGUUCAUAAUGGAGAAAAGUUAUAUGAAUGUAAGGUAUGUAGGAAGACCUUUAUUCGUCGUUCAACACUUAGUCAACACCUGAGAAUUCAUACUGGUGAGAAACCUUACAAAUGUAAGGAAUGUGGGCAGGCCUUUAGACAGCGUGCACACCUUAUCAGACAUCACAAACUUCAUACUGGUGAGAAACCCUAUGAAUGCAAAGAAUGUGGGAAGGCCUUUACAGUCCUCCAAGAACUGACUCAGCAUCAGAGACUUCAUACUGGUGAAAAGCCCUAUGAAUGUAAGGAAUGUGGAAAGGCGUUUAGAGUACAUCAGCAACUCGCUCGACAUCAGAGAAUUCACACUGGCGAGAAGCCCUAUGAAUGUAAGGCAUGUGGGAAGACCUUUAGGCAGUGUACACAUCUUACUCGACAUCAAAGACUUCAUACUUCCGAGAAGCUCUAUGAAUGUAAGGAAUGUGGGAAAGCCUUCGUAUGUGGUCCAGACCUUAGAAUACAUCAGAAAAUACAUUUUGGGGAGAAACCCUAUGAAUGUAAGGAAUGUGGAAAGGCUUUUAGGAUAUGCCAACAGCUUACUGUCCAUCAGAGUAUUCAUACUGGUGAGAAACCCUAUGAAUGUAAGGAAUGUGGGAAGACUUUUAGAUUAAGGCAGCAACUUGUUCGCCAUCAGAGAAUUCAUACUCGUGAGAAACCCUAUGAAUGUAUGGAGUGUUGGAAGACCUUUAGUAGUUACUCACAACUUAUUUCCCAUCAGAGCAUUCAUAUUGGUGAGAGACCUUAUGAAUGUGAAGAAUGUGGGAAGGCGUUUAGACUACUGUCACAACUUACUCAACAUCAGAGUAUCCAUACUGGUGAGAAACCUUAUGAAUGUAAGGAAUGUAGAAAACCUUUUAGACUGCUCUCACAACUUACUCAACAUCAGAGUAUUCAUACUGGAGAGAAACCCUAUGAAUGUAAGGAGUGUGGGAAAGCCUUUAGACUUUAUUCUUUUCUUACUCAGCACCAGAGAAUUCAUACUGGUGAGAAACCCUACAAAUGUAAGGAAUGUAAGAAGGCCUUUAGACAACAUUCACACCUUACUCAACAUCAGAAAAUUCAUAAUGUAAUUUAA